UGCAUCCACUCGUUGUUUUGCCCCAGGUCUUUCCUCACCCCGUCAAUUGGGUAAUCAAGGAUUCGAAAGGGUGAACGUACGAAGACUGCCAAGGACUCCAAUGCCCCCAUAUACUAGUAGCAUUCAUUCUGCAGGCACAAUAUUCACGCUCGUAUCUCCCCUCCCCCCGGCUCUUGUUGCUGCAACAAAUUGCUACUCUUAUAUGAACCGAUGGCUUCAAGCUGCUGGUUCUUGCUGUUCGUCUGGGUAGUAUGGUGGCUGCCACUGAUACUCGCCGGGCCUGAGGAUCAGGCAGGGGGAGGCUGCUCGAGCUCGGCCAAGAUGUGCGGCAACCUCACCAUCUCCAACCCAUUCUGGCUCACUGACUGGGAGACGGGAAGAUCGUGUGGUCCCAUGGAUUUCGAGGUCAAUUGCUUUAUCGGUACGUCGGUUCUCAAGAGCUCUGGAUUAACUGGCUUUGGAAUUCUCAACAUCUCCUACAAGGAGCGCAGUCUGCGUGUCGUCGAUGUAUACAAAGAGGAAGACUUCAACGAAUCCAAGAGCUGCCAUUUCCCGAGAUGGAACACAUCAGGCAAACUGGCAUCUCAGUUUAAGGUCAGCCACGCCAAUCUGAAUAUCAUCUUCUACAACUGCACGAAAACGCCAGAGCGUUGGGACAGCCCGCUGGUGGAGAUGAGAUGCGAGAACAAAAGUAACACGUUUGUUCGCGUGGGAGUGCCGUACGAUGUGAUGGGGGCCUACGCCAGUUAUGCCUUGGAGGGCUGUGAUGCUACCAUCAUGCCGGUGAUGGGCUCGCCGGGCAAGGCGAAUGUCAGCGACUACGAGCAGCUCAUCAACGGUGGAUUCCUCUUGACAUGGGAUCAUCGGACACCUCUCCCUACGCCUGCACCAGCACGUAAGUUCACCCGCAAUCAUCUUUUAAUCAAUUUUGUGGUAAGCUCACUCAUCUAAUCUUCUUGACAUGGGAGCAUCUUCAACUUGUUUUUUGUUCCAUCAAACUUUUUAUGGAUUUGAUAAGAGCAUCUUCAACGAGGAACUUCUGCGAGUUACUAUCUCUGUAAACAAAUAUAAGACAUUUUAGACCCUUAAAGUAGUGACCUAAAACAUCUUAUAUCUGUUUACAGAGGGAGUAUUUCUUAGCUUUAGAAACCAGUCACCUGCUUUCUCUCCUCUUCAUCCCUUCUCUUUGCUUCGAAUUGUUGAACUAAUUUUACACGGUAUAAUAGGUAGCUCAACCACAACUAAUCACGGGCCCCCUCUCACGCAUUGGGAGUUUUUCUGUGCCUUGGGAUACAACGAAAUACAGUGACUUUGAGUUUCCACAAAACAUGUGUUCUGGACUUCUUGUACUGUACAAUUAAUGUAGUUAUCCUGCCUAAAACAAUUCACGGCAUACAAUAAAAUACAAAUAGGUAAAGGGGAGAAGAAACGUUGACCAUCACCUGCCGCAGAGCUCGAGGCAUCCGGAAGUUCGGCAUAUAUAGAAAACUCCGGAUACUGUACAUUUUCCGAGUAAAAUUUUCUGUUAAUUUUGUCCCAGGUCUUCCCCUUGCCUCGUCUAUUGGGAUAUAACGACGUACGACGACUGCCAAAUGACUCCAUUUGCCGCCACCAUAUAGGAUACAGUACAUCAUUCAUUCUUAGCCACACUAUUUUCUCUUGUAUCUUUCCACAGCCAUGCAUAAUGAGUUUGUCCCACCCGGCGGCGGCAUAACGAUGGCUCUGGGGCCUUCUACGUCCACUUGCGAGCCCAAUCUGCAGGGGCCCGACAAUCUUUUUUCAGGUACCCGUUCUGGCUGGACGCACACUGGCUUGGCGUUUCCCGCCCGGGCUGGAGCUGUGGAAAAAUACUAGUAUGCAUCUGCCCGAUUGCUCACGGCAUCUCAGACUGAGAUUAUUCCAUAAUUUCGACAUAUCUGAAAAUUUGUGCAUCCACUCAUAGUUUUGCCCCGUCAAUUGGGGAAUCAAAAAGGAAUUCGAAUGGGUGGACUACAAAAACUGCCAUGGACUUCAUUGCGAGUGAGGCGUUUUGGCUCCUAGGCUCAUCUCCAGGCUCAUCUACACCCACGCUGAAUAAAAAAUCAAAACAAAUACAAGAAAAAUUAAAAGAAAAUCUUUUUUUUGGCAUGGUAAAUAAUUUGAUGCCUAAUGUCCGCUCCAAAUUUCAAGUCAUUUGAACA